AUGGAAGAAGGAAAUCAGAAAUAAAAUCUUUCCUUUCAAAUAGCCUAAUUAGAAGAAGAGUAUAACAAUUACAUAGAGUAAAUUGUUAUUUAAUUUUUAGUUCUUCUGAGGUUGUAAUGGAAUACUAUAAAAAUUAAUAAACAAGUGGAUUAGAUAAACAUUUUCUAAAAAUUGAAGAAUGGUUAGAUUAGGAUGUUGUAAUAUAUAUAUUUCCUAUAAAAAUAGAAAGGAAAAUAAAAUCUUCCAUUAGUAAUUGAAGCAGAAGAUGGUGUUGGUAAAAAAACUCUGCUUGUUAAAUGGAUUGGAUAUCAUAAUGCCAAUAAAAAGGGGAGAUAUUAGGAUAUCAUUAUUCCUCAUUUUGCUAUGGUUGGAGGAAACAAUAGUAAUUAUUUUUAUGCCAUUUAUCGAAUAUUGGUUAAAUUGAGGGAAUUAUUAAACAUAGGCUAGAAAGUAGAAUUAUUAGAAGAAAAACUUCGUAAAUAUUUUGCAUAUUGGUUGGAUGUUUGUAAUUCUUAUAUCGAAAACCAAAUUCUUAAAGAAGCUAAAACGUUAUAUAAUAGAAUCAUUCUCAUUUUUGAAGGUGUCAAUCACUUUGUUGAUUAAGGUAACGGAAUCCCUAAAGAAGCUAAUGUUUCUUUUUGGUUACCUUAAUUCUUUCCACCAAGAAUUAAAGUUAUUUUAACUGCCUCUAAGAAUUCUGGUGCUAUGUAAUAUCUUUAAAAAAUUAAUUCACAAAUUAUAUCUAUAAAAGUUGAACCUAAAAUCAUUGAAAAAAUGAUAGAAACACAUAAAAAGAGAAAAACAUUUCUAGUAAUUAUUUUAUAUUAAUUUUAUAGUCUGAUUCAUUUAAAGAUAAAUUAUUAAAUAUUUUAACAUAAACUAAAUGUGAAAUGAGUUCAAUAUUUUGUAAAACAUUUCUCUCUCUUCUGAUUCCAUAUCCUAGUGUUGGAAUAAUAGGAGAAAAUGAUGUUAGACCAGAAGUUAUUGAAGCCUUGGUAUCUUAAAUUGAUAUCUCUAAAUUAAUGGAUGUUACAAGCUUAGAAGAAUUAGUCAAUUUUAUUUUAGAUCAUUAUUAAACUAAGAUGUUUAAAGAUUAAGAUAAAUUUAUUAAAAUGUUAUUAUGUUUCACAAUUACCUAAAAAGGUUUGAUAAUUUAAGAAGCAUUAACAAUUUGUUAAUUAAAUGAAAAUGAUUGGAAAACAUUUCUAGUUUUCUUUAAAGUUUAUCUCAUGCAUUAUAAAGAGUAUUGGAUUAUUAAUAAUGAUAUUUUUAAGAGUAUCAUUCAGAAAAGAUAUAUAAAAGAUAAUUCUUUAGUUCCUAAAUUACAUGAAGAAAUUGCUGAUCAUUUAAAUAAAUCAACAAAUUCUAUAAGAAAAUUAGAAGAACAAACAUAUCAUUUAUUUAUGGCUAAAACCUAUUUUAAAUUAAAAGAAAUAGUAUCAGCUAUUGAGAAUUUUUUAUUAUUAUUCAAUCCUAAUAAUAAAUAUGAUUUAUGUCGUUAUUGGUAAAAAUUAGAGGAAUAAGGAUUUGAUCCAGUUAUAGAAUAUAAUAAAGCUAUAGAAGGAUUUGCUAUGUAAUAUCAUCCUAGUAGUGAGGAUAUUUUUAGAAUAAUUGUAUAAGUAUCAAGAUUUUUAAAAGAAUUUUGUGAUUUUGAAACUUAUCAUACUCCUAGUUUUAGACAUCCACCUAUUUAAGGUAUUGAAGAUGAAUUAGAUGAUAUUGGAUUAUUAAAUGAACUUUAUAGAAUGAAUUUAUGUUAUAUAAUUGAUGCAAAUCCAAAAAAAAUAGGAAAUAAUGAUGAAACUUAUAAAUCACCUGAGGAAAGAAUUAAUGAAAAGAUAGAAAAACUUAAAUCUAAAUAAGUUUUAUAAAAAGAUUAAAAAUAAACAAAAAAAACAGGAAAAGAAGAAGAUAAUAAGAAAACAAGUUUAUUAGAAAAAAAAAAGAAACCAGAAAUACUUACUAAAUUAGAAAAAUUAAAUGUUGAUAUUCCAUAUAAUAGAGAAUAGGUGAAGAAGUUUUUUGAAGUAAAGAUAGGAAUAAGUAAUGUCUAAGAAGAAAAAUUAAGAGAAAAAGAAACGGAGGAAGCAAAAAUAUAUUAAAAAUUAGAUAAUGGAUAAAUAUCAAUGAGAGAUUUAGAUAUGAAUUUAAGUAAAGAUGAAGAUGUUUAAUUAAAAAAGCCUGAUUAAUUAAAAUUAACACAUAAUUAAAUUUAAAUAAAGAAAUUAGAAGAAUAAUCUUUAGUAAGUGAACGUAAACCUACUGAUUAUUAUUAUAAAAGAUGGAUAUGGAUUUAAUUUCCUUGGGUUUGUUUAUCAGUUCAUAGUGAUUAUUCAGCUAAAAUGAAAUAAUGUUUUGCUAAAGCAACAGAAUAUAUGAGUGUUUAAGAAGAAAAAGCAUUUACAAAAUAAGCAUUAAAAAUUGCAAUUGAAGCUAAAUUGAAGAAGAAAAUGAUGUAUUAAAAGUAAGAAGAUUCUAAUACAACAAUAUUUAAUGAUAAAGAAUUAUCUAUUAUUCCAUCUAAAUAAGAAUAGAAUACUUCAAUAUUAACAUUAAUAAGAUAAUAAAAUGAAUUACCAGGUUUGAAAGGAUUUAAAAAAGAAAAAUCAUUAGCAGACAAUACAUUAACGAAUUUAAAUUAUAAACCUAUAAAUAGAGAAGUCAAAUCUACAAAAUUUCAAACAACAAGUUUACAUUUCUUUAUAACAGAAGAUCAAAUGAGUUUAUCUUAAAUUCAUAAAGAAAUAGAGGAGUAGAAGAAAUAAUAAUAAAAUUAAGUUGAUAAAAAAUAAUAAACCUUACCUGCAAUAUCCAAAACUUAAGAAACAUCAUUAAAUACAACAAUGAGAAUUAUUGAUAAAUCUAAAAUGCAAAAAGAAAAAUAUAAAUAAUUUAAUCCAGAAACUAUGAAUAAAUCUUCUUAAUCUAUCUUACCAAGAUUAAAAAGUGAAAUAGCUCUUCAUAAUGGUAAGGAAAUAUAUAUUAUGGUAUAAUAAGCAAAAGAUUUAAAAAGAGAACUUGAUUGUAUUAUUUAUUAAAAGUAAUUUUAUUAAAAUAAUAUUUAAUAGUUAAGCAGCUACAAAAAAACUAGCUAAUUUAAGAACACUUUAACAUAAUGAAGGUUUUGGUACAGAUGUUGAUACAGUUUCAUAAAUUUAAGAAAAAGUAAAGUUAUUUUUUAUAUAUUUAAGAUUGAAAACCUCAAAAAAUUAAGAGAGGAAGCCGAACAUGAUUAUUUAUUAAGUAUGGUACAAGAUAGUAGAUUAAGAAUUAUUAUUAAAAUUAGUGGAGACAAUAGAUCAUAUAAUGAAGAAUGGAUUAGAGACUUAAAUUAUUUAUAAUGUAAUUUGAAUAAGCUUAUAAAAUAUGAAAAAUAAGAUAUCAGUAAAAUGGAAACUGAAAUAAGAUAAAUUCAUACAAUACAUAUUCAAUAUGUAGAUGCUUUUAAUAAUAAUAUGAGUUAUUAAAAAUAAAUGAUUGGUUAGAUUAAUAAAACUGUUACACAAAAAGAAAAUUUUGAUCAUUUCUUUUAAUAAUCAGAUUCAAUUAUAUAAUAGUAAUCUACAGAAAAGAUGCAAAAAUUAUAACUACAAUAUGCUUAAAAUGAAGAUAAAGAAUAAUAAAGAAUGAAAAGAAUUUAACUUGAAAAAAAUAGUAAAGCUAUAUCUGAUAAGCUUGAAGUUUUAAGAUAAACUAUGGCCCAUGUUAGUCAAUACAUUGAAGUAAUAUUAUAAGUCUUAUAUUAAGAUUGAAAAUCCUGAUUAUUCUAAAGAAUAAAGUUUUGUUGAAUUUUUAAAUUAUUUAGAAAUCAAAACAUCACUUGAAGCAAAAAUUACAUAUUAAGAAGAUUUAUUAAGUGAUUUGCAUCUUUAAUUAAAUAAAAAAAAGAUGUAUUUAGAUGUAUAAUAAACAUUUAUUCAAAAAGACUUUUAAAAAUGCUAAUUCAAAUGAGCACAAAAAAUUACGUGAAAAAACAAUUAAAUUUAUUUAAGGAAAAGUGUAAGAUAAUGAAACAAUUUAAAUGUUGAUUGAAAAAAGAGAUUAAUAAUUAAAAUAGAAUUAAGCUAAGGAAAAACAAAAAAACAGAUUAUAACUUUCAUUAUUAGAUUAUAAUGUAUUUUAAAUUUAUUAAAUUUUAGAUUAGCAUUAAAAAUAUAAGAUCAAAAUUACAAUAAUGUAAAUUUAAAAGCACAUCAGAAUAAGGAACUGCCUCAAAAAUAACUUUAAUUAAUGAUGUAUUUAUUCGAUCUAUUUUCAAGAUAUAUGAUGAUUUAACAAAAAGAUAAAAUUUCAUCAAAGAUAAACUUGGAGAAGAGAUGUAUUCACAAUUCUUAAAUAAGAAACUAGAUUUUAAUAAAAUGUACAAGGCAGCAUUCAAAUAUCAUUAAGAUCCCACUUUAACAUUAAUGGAACCCUAUUGA